UCACUCCUUGUACGCCAUUUCAACAAAGCCACACACACUCUCACAAACAGAAGAAGAAGAAGAAAACGAAGAAGUCUUUCUUACUACAAUGGCUUCCACAGCUCUCUCCAGCGCAAUCGUAAGCACCUCUUUCCUCCGCCGCCAACAGACACCAAUCAGCCUCAGAUCUCUCCCGGCGGCCAACACACAAUCCCUCUUCGGCCUCAAAUCCUCCACCGCACGCGGCGGCCGCGUCACCGCCAUGGCUACCUACAAGGUCAAGUUCAUCACUCCAGAGGGAGAGCAAGAAGUGGAGUGCGAAGACGACGUCUACGUCCUCGACGCCGCUGAGGAAGCCGGAAUCGAUCUGCCGUACUCAUGCCGUGCCGGAUCUUGCUCGAGCUGCGCCGGGAAAGUCGUCUCUGGCUCCAUUGACCAGUCUGACCAGAGCUUCUUAGACGAUGACCAGAUGAACGACGGGUAUGUUCUCACCUGCGUGGCUUACCCAACCUCUGAUGUCGUCAUCGAAACCCACAAAGAAGAAGCCAUUGUUUAAGAUCAUUGCUUUAAAAAGCUUCAUCAAUGAAAUGUGAAAAGCUGAAUGUAUCUCUCUCUCUUGUUACUUUCGCUAAUUUGGACCACCCUUUUAUAAAGAUCACAAAUUUCAAUAUUUUGUUAU